AUGAACUUGGAUCCGAACGAGAGCAAUGGAGAAGAACACGCAGCUUCGGGGACGCGUCGUGUUCCCGAGCAUAAGCUCUCUUGUGACCAAUGUAGACAAAGAAAGAUCAAAUGCGACCGUGGAGAUCCUUGCGGACCGUGUCAACGAAAGAGUAUUCGUUGCUCGUUCCCCACUGGCUUCAAACCUCGAGCAAAACGUCAGCAGGUCCUAGUAUCUGACGGCUAUGAAUCCAAAUUGGAUGCCAUUUCGCAAAAGCUUGAUCGCAUAAGCCUUGCUGUCGACAACAUCACUUCUUCUCCUCAGCACUUGCAAGGAGGCUCGUCAGCUGCUCAUACUGCCAUUAGCUCACAGGUCACCCCAAUAUCCCAUGCGAGCUCCCCGUCGUGUAAUGUCAGAACAGGCCAGGAAAAAGACACAGAGUUUGAAGGCGACGUCACUUUGACGACGCAGGCGACAUUUGCGACAGAUUUCUUGCAACAAUUCGUUGACAGCAAUCAGCCAUCGCAGACGCUUCCGGAGAUAAAGAGUCACUUAGACGCGCUGCGGAAGAUCUUGGCGGGCAAAGAGGCUACGGCUGACGAGACGCGUCUUGUUGAUACGCAACGUAUAUUGUCGCCUCAAGAACAUGGAGGGUUUCAGCUUCCUCCUGUCAACCUGGCCAUGAUGGCUGUACAGAGACUGAGAGAGUCUCCUAGAUUACAGCUAUUCUGGCGCGCAGAGUUUCACAGCAUCAGUCAAUUUGUCGAGUAUCUCAUGACAGUUUACUUUGGCAAGCCUACCCUUGCUGAUCUCAUCGUUACACAUGUUGGCUUGGCAAGCCUGUUGCACGAGUGCGACAACGUCGAGACAGAACAAGUUCUCAAGAAUGAGUUUGCAUCUCAGGCGACGGUCUGCCGGCAAAACCUGGAAUCUAUCCUAGCUAACCUUCCGUUCAACCUGCCCUGCACACCCGAUUACAUACUCGCCCUGUUCAUGGCUUCAUCCUACCAUCUCGAGAACUGCCGGAUUUCUAUAUCAUGGAAUAGUCUUGCCGCAGCAGUGCAGAUGUGUCAGACGCUAGGUUUUACUAGGGAACAUCUCCCAAAGCCAGAGUCGAGAGAGGCAAAGCAACGGCGUGCUAAAUUGAUCUUCUAUAUCCAUCUUUGUGACAAGAUGCUUGCUUUGAGACUGAGUCGGCCAGUCUUGAUCCGAGAUGGAGAAAUCACGAUCAACUUCGAGGCUUUAGAAGCCGAUAGAGGAGACGGACCUACCCCCAUCAUUGCGAAAUGGGCACGGUUUUGUAACCUCCAAGGAAGGAUUUAUGACAUACUCUACAGCCCGGGGUCUUUGCUUCAGCCAGAUAUUGAGAGAGAGGCGAAUGCGAGGAGAUUAGCGGCUGAGAUGGAGCAGUUCCAAACAAAAAGUCUAGCAGAAGAACACUUAUUUGAGUCAAUUGGGGUGAGCAUCGGCGAAAAGCAGAGCGAGGUCUUCCGUAGGACCGAUAAGGUGGCAUACUAUUCCAUGCGCUGCCUGGUGUUCAGGGCAGUAAAACCUGCGUCUUUGACAUCCUCAGCGUUUUGCGACGAAUGCCUAGAAGCAGCAAAGAAUGGCCUUGAGCAACACAGAAUUUGUUUGUCCAUGCUCAAGAAUGUUGAAGCCAUCGUCUUUGAGUUUUACAUGCAUUGGGGCCUCAUGGCAGUGCCUCUCGUGCCAUUCAUGGUUUUGUUUUGCCAUGCUAUCGAGACUUGCGACCAGACUCACUUGGAGCCGCUAGCUGCCGUGGUUGAGACCGUCGACAUGAUACCCCCGGAUCUUCCAAAUGUAUACAGAAAACAGCUUCAUCUUUUCAAGCUUGUGUAUGAGGUCGCGUGCAAGUAUGUGGGCUCGAGGCCCAAUAACGCUCCAGUCCAGUUGUCAGGGCGCAUACCUGAUACACCAUUUGAGAUGCUAUUUUUCGAGGCAGGAGUUCCUGUACCCAGCCACUUGAAUAUGCAGGCAAAUGUCCAAGGCUUUAGCGAUGGCACACAGUUUUCAAACGAAAUAAAUUACGGGGGCUUAUCUACAGCACAAGCGGGGAAUAUGGUGGGGGGUAGCUGUGACCAUAACAUGGAGCUGGGAAACUGGUUUGAACAAAACCAAGAGAUAUUUAUGAUGCUGGACAACAACCAAUCAUAG